AUGGCUUUCAGUGUCUUCUGCCUCUUCGGAGCCCUGUUGGGAGCUCUGGCCGAGGUUCCCGUGACGCUUCGUGUGGGCAUGGCCAGGGAGGUCACGUCCAGUGCUGGUGUCUACGUGGCGGGCAGCUUCCAAGGCUGGGAAGCGAACGCCACCCGGUUGCUCGACCUGGAGGGCAAUGGUGUCUACCAGGUGAUGCUAAACUUGAGUGCAGGCUUCCAUGAAUUCAAGUUCAUCAACAGCAACACGUGGGAGAAUGCCGAAGAGGUGCCUUUUGGCUGCAGCGAGCAGCAAUCUGGGCACUUCAACCGCUACAUCUCGAUCCCGGAAGGUGCGAGCGGCAUGGAUUACCACACCUGCUUCAGUGCUUGCGAGCCAUGUGACGAGAUUCCUCCCUGCAAACUCUUUACAUGUCCGAGCUGGAUGCUUCAUCGGCCCGAAGCCCUGGAACUCAUUGCCUCAAGCACAGAAGAGUGCUGUGUCGACGGGUCUGCUGACCUUAUGGAUGUCGUUGUUCAGAGCGCUGGCUUCUCUGAUGGCAAUGAGGUGUCAUUUUGGCUGAAUGGGAAGCAACUUCACUCGACCAGCGCACGUGGUCUCACGAUUGUGGUACUCGCCGUAGACGGUGAAGUCGUCGGGGCGCCUAAGACUUUCGACACAAACCAGGAUUCCACCGAGGUCGAAAUCUUUCUGCAGAGUUUGGCAAGUAACACCACGGUCCUUGUUGGCGUCUCAGACGAAGCUUCCUCAGGACUGACGGACGGUGGUCGGGCUUUGAUCCAAGCGUGUGGCGGCCAGCAGAUCGGCAGCCUGCAGUUCAGGGACUCCUACGCCUUGAUCGGCGUCAAAGAUGGCUCUGCGUACGCCGAGGCUUAUGUUCCGCGAGAUCAGGGCAAGGCCGUUGCGGUUAGCGCGUUGCCGCGAGUGGAGCUGCCCAUGCAAGGGAACGAGCCCUGCAAUGCCCUGGCGCCGGUGCCUCCAACACGUGGAAAGCUGCAUUCGACUGGCAACCUAGAGAUGUACACUGACAGUGGCAAGUGCCGCUACGCCGUCUUUGAGCCCGAAAGCAUUGACGGAUGCCUGGGCGGAUCUUGGGUUGUGGUUAUGGGCACCUCGAAUGCGCAGCUGAUGGCCAACAGCUUGUUGUUCAUCCUGGCGCAAGAGGAUGCAAUUCCAUACAUCGACUUUGGAAGUUACAACUUCUUGGACUUUGUCCUGGAAGACGGUCAAGUCAGUUAUUUCAACGCUGUGAACUACUCUGUGCAGACCUGCUCGCAGAACACCACGGGGCUCAACGAUCAGGAGCAGAGAUGCAAGGAGAUCUAUGCAUCAGAACUUGCAAAGGCACCGCAUCCUACUUCCCGAAAAGUCCGUAUAACGAUGGCAAUCACGUUCUUCUGGGAGCGUGCCCGCUCCAUCAUCGACAUCGUGGAGGCAGACGUGGCAUGGAAGGAGGCGAAGGUUGGCUAUGUGGCCCAGGUUGUGGCCUGGUAUCUCGUGUGCCAGAACAUCAAGUUCUACCUUUGCCCCAGACAGGAGCUCAAGAGCGAUACGGAAGACGAAACCUUUGCAAAGUUCAAAAGCGAGAUGGAAAGCGUCUUGGACUACAUGGAGGCGACUUGUGCUCCCAGCGGCCGUGCCGGCCGAGGUUUCGGCUGCGUAGUUGCUACCAACUCUUUCACAGAGACGACGGGGCCUUUGCUGAGCGCCUUCACCCGCUUCAACCAGCAAGUCCUGGAGUCCAUGGCACCUCGUGCCACCCCCACGUUCCGCGCCCUGGAUGUCUUCGAGGUCGGUGCCUCUAUGCCACGAGAGACGAUUGCAGGACAUGGCUCCCAGGUUCUCCACCUUUGGGUUUGGACGAUGAUUUUGGGGGGCUGGUGCCCGGCCGAGUACCAAGCUGACAGUUGGAUGGUUAGCUUUCAGGGUGUUCUGUGCUGGGCUGGAAACGCUGAGCCGUCCUUGUGCCCUCGAAUCUCCUAUGGAAAUGAUUGGCACUGCAUCAACAGCAUCCCGUGUGUCAUGAAACCCGUCCAAGCCAUAGUGACCACGCCGACUCCCGACAAAAUUCUCGUGACCUUCAAGGUGGGCAUGCAAGAUCAGACUGUAUCUCCUGCCGGUGUGCAUGUUGCUGGAAGCUUUCAGGACUGGGAUCCGGCGGCAACUAAGUUGUUGGACUCAGAUCAAGACGGCGUGCAUGAGCUUACACUGGCGUUGCCCCCGGGGUUUUAUGAGUUCAAGUUCAUCAACGGAGAUUCUUGGGACGAUGUGGAAUACGUCCCAUUAGAGUGUCAGGAGGCUGGCUCUGGCCAUUCGAACAGGUUUCUUUCCGUCAGAAGCGGCUCCUUCGGCACAACAGUACACGUUUGCUUCGCAGGCUGCGCACCUUGUGCACCCAACCCACAGUCCACCACAAUGCAGCCAUCCACAGCGACAGCGACCUCCCAGAUCCAUGGCACGACCGUAACUUUAACAGCUACGGGUGUCAGCACCACCUCGACACAAAGUAUGCCAGAAUAUCACUUUGUCCCUGUCGAUGGGGGAGUUGGCCGGGCCUGCCGUGGUAGCAGUAACACAGACAAUCGAGCAGAGCACUACGCGGUGUACUCGGACGCGAACCUCUCCGAUUGCAAGGCCAGGUGCGAAUUAACCGGAGGUUGUGUCGGGGUGGAGUACAGCACAGACCGAUGUGAGGUUUGGAUCCGGAGUGGUGGAAUUCAGGCGAGCAUAAACUUGACCGGCUUUGUCUGUCUUGGGUAUGUGAUGAGGACCAUGACUACCACUACCACGUCACUCGUGCUCCUCGAAGCGUUCGAAGAAGUUGAUGGAGGGUCAGGUCGAGCUUGCAGGGGCUCCAAUGCAGGGGAUAACCUUGCCAGCUACUACACGGUCGUCACCACUACAAGCCUGAUCGCUUGUCAGGAGGAAUGCUUGGCUUUGGCCUUGGUUUGUGUUGGCCUCGAGUACAGCCUUGGGCGUUGCGAGCUUUGGACUCGUUCAGAAGGUAUCGACACCAGCAUUCCUCUUGCUGGCUUUACCUGCCUGCGUCGACGGGAGGUCCAAACUGCAACCCCACGCCGAAGGCUUGCGAAUGUUGCUUUCCUUGCCAGAACCAAUCCUUGA